GACGCUUCAACCCACGUGACCGGACGUAAAUACGGUUCAGCAGCAGUUCCCGCGUUUGGCGACUCUUGUCUUUCAAUCACUAGCGUAAACUUGAAGUAGCAGCCAGUCGUUCCGGAUAUGGAUGACCUGUAUUUAGACAAUAUUGACGAAUUUGUUAAUGAUCAAAAUAAGAUCGUCACCUACAAAUGGCUCAGUUUAACUCUUGGAGUCCACGUCAACAUAGCAAAACAAAUGUUGUAUCAUUACCUGCAUCAGAAACGUAAUGAAAGUUCAGGCACUCCCCUUCAUGUCACCUACCUAGUAUCUGGGAAGUGUGUUGAGAAUGGUAGUACGUGCCACAAAGUGUCAGUAGUACGUGAGGACAAGCUUGAUGCUGUUAAAGCAAAGAUGGACGUGACCAUCAGUGUGCAUGUGUACAGUGUGCAGAGAGCCGAGCUGAAGGAUAGUUCACCACUUUACAAUACAGAUUAUGAUGCUGUUAAGGAGAACCUAAAAAACUGCAACAAGUACAGCGCUAUACGUUGCGCUGCGGCGGUCUCUUUGUCAUCUGCGGAACUGCAAAGAGCUCAAGAGAUGGCUUUGGUCCCUCCAGUGGAGAAGGAAAUCAGUAAGCCUGGCUUGAAUGAAAACACUUCAGCUACCUCCAAACCCAGUGCUAAGCAGCCAGCAGGCAUCAUGGGAAUGUUUGCAAGCAAAAAUGCUUCUAAGAGCCAAGAAUCCAGCAAGGAAGUGAAAACAGAGCAGAAAGAAGAUUCUUCUCUGGUUGAAACAUCAAAAAGCAAAACAGCCUCCAAAAUGAACCCGAUGAGUAACUUCUUUGGGAAGUCUGCCCAAAAAAAGGCUGAUGAAAAACCUAACAAAAGCAUUAAAGAAGAGAUGGACGGCAGCUCAACAGCAUCGGCUACUGCAAGUAUGAAACAGUCACAGACAUCUCCCAAAUCUGAGAUUGACAUUAAAGAGGAACAAUCCAAAGUGUCCAAUGCUUUGAAGGUUGAAUCAAAAGACACUCGGAAGUAAGGUUUACGCCCUGAGGUUGUGGACUGUGACGAUGAGGAAAUGGAUAGCCAGCAGAAGAAGAGACGGCGGAUAAAGAAGCCCCAGCCAGACAGCAGUGAUGAUGAGGUUGUGCCAGAUUCUCCACCUGUGCCUAAUGUACACACUCCCAGCCCUAAAAAACAAGUGAAGAGAGAGCCUGUUUCACACCAAGAAGAGAGUUCAGAGGUGAAAAGGAGGAAAAGAAGGCGUGUUUUGAAGUCUAACACAUUUGUUGAUGAAGACGGUGCCUUUGUGACCGAGAAGGGUUAUGUGAGCGAGUCUUACUCUGAGAGUGAAGAGGAGCCUGAACCCAACAGUCAAGCCAAACACUCGAGCUCACUCAAGCAGUCAUUUGGAAAAAGAAAGGAAGAGAAAAAAGAAAAGAGUCAGAAGAAGACCUCUACUGCUAACAAACCUGCAAAACAGCCAUCCAUCAUGGGAUUUUUCCAGAAGAAAUAACGUUUUAACUCUUUCAUGGAAUUUAAAGGAAUAGUUCACCUGGAAGCGAAAACACGAGGAUGAAGAAAUAAUGCCUUCAUGUUUUUUUGGGUGAAAUAUCCCUUUAAGCACUUAAUUUUCAGCAGUGACAUUCCCAUGAACCACAUCUGAUGCUGUAUAGAGGAAAUCAAUCUUCAUUGUCGCUGUCACUCUUCAGAGACAUUGAAACAGGAGAUUUCUGCUUCUACAUGAACAACACUUACCCAUUCAACUUCACUUGCUGGAUUUCAGUUCUGGGCCUGAUAGGAUUGUCUGUUGUAGUAUGUAAAUGUAUGAUCCUGCUGAUCGAGCAGAUUUCUUUACUAUAAGCCAACCUGCACAUAGCCAACCACCAAUAAUUCCCAUACUGCCAGGUUUGUGGAGUCUGUCUAUUUUUAGUAUGUUUCUAGAUAAUAAAUCGAAAGAUAAAAUAAUUUUUCUUUUUGUUUGCAUUAAUAUUCUUGUAAAAGAAAUACCAAUUGGUUUAGACAGAAAUGUCUCUGACAUUCAUUAGUUAAGUCCAUUAUUACUCUGCUCAGUGGUCAAGAUAAUGUUUUUCUCUUGCUGUCUUGUUUGGUUCCGGUGAGUCAAGUUGUUUUCUCCUCCGAGCUUCAUAUUUCUAUAUGACAUCAGUUUCUGGCUCCAUAGUUGUGUUAAUCUUGGACAUUUCCAUUUAUCAAAACUAAACUUACUGUGUGGAAAGGCAUGCCUCUGGAAAUGCACAUCAAAAUCAGUCCAAGCUCUUCUGAUCCAGUGCCACAGACGUGAAAUUGAGCGUUUUGUGCCAAGACAUCAUUCCCCAUAAACUCGCUUUUUUCCCUGAGGAAAGGCUCCUAAACUUAGGCCUGAGUUAGUAUGUGCGAUUGAAUUCAAGAACAGAGUGUUCUUUAUAUUGUUGUAAAACAUUUGUAUUGUGCUUUCAAACCUGGGGUCCAGGAAAGUGAGAAUUUCUGAUUGCUUUGUAUACUGAAUAAUCACAAUUUUUCCUCUUUGUGAUCAUUUGAUAUGUAAAAAAA